UCAAAGGGGAGAACGAUCAUGGAGCUGCUCCUGUGGCUCUGGUCCCAGCUUCGAUCCUGCGGGAACAACCUCCCAGCACUGGGCAUAGCCCUCACAGUCUUCGCUCUGCUAUUUGAUUUCCUGAAGCGCAGGAAGAGCUGGAGUCGCUACCCGCCAGGGCCGACCUCUCUGCCUUUCAUUGGGACCAUGUUGCAGAUCGAUUUCCACAACCCGCACCUCUCCUUUACCCAGCUGAGUAAAAAAUAUGGAAAUGUCUUUAGCCUUCAGAACUGCUGGAGUAAUCUGAUAGUAGUGAAUGGAUUCAAAGCUGUAAAAGAAGCAUUGGUCCAGAAAUCAGAAGACUUUGCUGACCGACCAUACUUUUCUAUAUAUGAGCACUUGGGUUACGGAGAGAAUGCCGAAGGGGUGGUGGUUGCAAGAUAUGGUCAGGCCUGGAAGGAGCAAAGGAGAUUUGCACUCUCCACCUUGAGGAACUUUGGGAUGGGAAAGAGAUCCCUAGAGCAGCGUGUGACCGAGGAAGCUGGAUUUCUGUGCUCUGCAAUCUAUUCUGAAAAAGGUCAUCCUUUUGAUCCACAUUUUCUUAUAAACAACGCAGUUAGCAAUGUGAUCUGCUCCCUCGUCUAUGGCGAGCGCUUUGACUAUGACAAUAAGAAAUUUCAGAGGUUGCUGCAUUUGGUUGAACAGGCCUUAAAUGACGAAGCUGGAUUCCUGCCCCAGCUCCUUGUCGUAGUACCUUGGCUGCUGCUCAUCCCUGGAGUGCCACAGAGAGUCUUCCGAUCCCAAAAGGAGGUCAUGGACUUCACAGAUGAGCUUGUGAAGGAGCACAGGGCGACCUGGAAUCCUACCGAAAAGAGAGAUUUCACUGAUGCUUUUCUACAGGAGAUAGAAAAGGCCAAAGAGCAUGCGGGGAGCAGUUUCAAUGACAACAACCUUCGUAUGGUAACAAUUGACUUGUUUACCGCUGGCACUGAGACCACCUCCACCACCCUGCGCUGGGCAUUGCUGUACAUGCUUCUCCAUCCUGACAUCCAGUGUAAAGUCCAUGAAGAAAUUGAUAAGGUGAUUGGCAGGGACAGGUCACCCCGGAUGGAGGACCACGCGAACAUGCCUUAUACCAAUGCUGUGAUCCAUGAAACUCAACGUUAUGGGGAUAUUAUUCCUGUUGGAGUGCCUCAUAUGACAUAUCGGGACACCGAGCUCCAAGGCUUCUUCAUUCCAAAGGGAACGACAGUCAUCACUAAUUUGUCUUCGGUGCUGAAGGAUGAAACGGUUUGGGAGAAGCCGCACCAGUUCUACCCGGAGCACUUCCUGGAUGCAGCUGGGCAGUUUGUGAAGCGAGAGGCCUUCCUGCCUUUCUCAGCAGGUCGCCGUGUUUGCCUGGGGGAACCACUGGCCAGGAUGGAGCUCUUCCUCUUCUUCACCAGCCUCCUGCAGCAUUUCACCUUCCGUCUCCCUGAGGGCCAGGCCAGGCCUCGAGAGGUUGGACGCUUUGCCACGACACUCAGCCCACACCCCUACCAGAUCCAGGCUGUCCCAAGAUAAGUGCAGUGUUUUGCAAAGUUCUCCUCAUAUAUUUUAGGAAGGCGGUUGUGCUUAACUGAAAGAUGCUCCUACUCUAGCAGGAGAGCUUCCCCCCUCGGCAUAGUUAAUCCACUUCCCUGAGAGGCGAUAGCUGUGUUGGUGGGAGAAGCUGUCCUGCUGACAUAGCGCUGUCUAUGCAGGGCGGGGGGUUAGAUCAGUGUAACUAUAGUGCUCAGGGAUGUGGAUUUUUCACACUCCUGAGCAGUGUAGUUAUACCUAUAUAGGCCUGUAGUGUAGACCUGGCCUUAGUGUUGUGUCUGCUUCAUUCUUUACCAGACUCUCCUUGAGAUCAAAUGAUGCUAUCAGCACUAUUGGCUGUUUACCCGUCAUCACCGUGUGGAUCCC